CUGCUUGAGAAGUUCAAAGGCUUCAAAAUGCUUCCCGGAGAAUCAUUUGAUAUGUUGGAUGAAAGAUUCCACAAAAUCUUGAAUGAUCUUGCCUCACUUAACCACGUUCUUUCUCCCAAAGAAAAGAAUGUAAGGUUGCUGAGAUCUCUUCCAACUGAGUGGUACACCAAAGCCACAGCCAUGGAAGAAGGAAGAAACCUGGAAAAUUACACUGUCCAAGGUCUCCUUGAUGAGCUCAGAACCUAUGAGCACGAGCUGAAGAAGAAGAAGGAAGAACAAGUCACUCCCUUCCCCACGGCACUGAUGACAACUCCAAGAGUCCCAUCAAGUGAAGGGACAUGCCCAAGAAGCUGUGACACACCUCCCUCCAGCCACCCGUCAAGCUCAAAAAUGGAGAACUACGAUGAGGAAUUUGCCAUGAUGGUCAAGCAAUUCCGGAAGUUCAAGAAGUUCUUCAAGAAGGUUGACUCAGUCAGAAGGCCAACCAAGGGAAAGCCACAAUUCAAAAAGAUGAUGGUAGAUUUUGAGGAAAUAAAUCUCAAACAUUCCUCCUUAACAGAGGAGAACAAACUAUUGAGUGAAGAGAAUCUCAAGUUGACUGAAGGUCGGAAAAGUCAACUGAAUGAGAUCACUCAACUCAAAACUGAAAAUGAAUCUCUCUCUGAAAAGGUAAAAUCCCUUAACAAAGAGCUAGGGAUACUUAAGUCCAAAGGAGCAGUGGAUAAGCUUCUUGAAACGACCAAACAUAAGGGUCGUGAAGGACUUGGGUUGGACCCCUCCAGUCCCAAAAGAAAAGGGAGAACAACUUUCAUCCCUCCUAAACCUACUGCCAAAUCAAAUAAGCAGAAAGGAAAGGAAAAGGAGAAACCAACAGAAGUUCCCAAAAAGGAAGCCGCUAAGUACCCAGGUGUCUGGUACUUAGAUAGUGGCUGUUCAAGACACAUGAUGGGUGAUGCGAGCCUUUUGAGCAAUCUAAUUCCCUAUGAUGGUCCAAGAGUUACUUUUGGAGGAAGCAAUGAUUUUGGCCUAACCAAAGGGCUAGGAAAUCUGGUGUACAAGGGACUAACCAUCCAAGCUAUAUCUUAUGUUGAAGGUCUCAAUUAUAACCUUCUUAGCAUAAGUCAGUUUUGUGAUAAAAGUUACUCCUUGGAAUUCUGCAAGGACAUGGCAUCUCUCAAGAACAUCUCCACAAAUGAAGUCAUUCUCACUGGGAAGAGAAUCAGAAACAUCUAUGAAGUGAUGUGGGACAAUGUCAAGGAAGCAUGUCUAAUCAGCAAAGACAAGGAUGAAGGAGUCAAUGAAGGAGAUAGAAUGAAGCCUACGGAGUUCAUUCCAUUCAGAAGUCUGCCUCUGAAGACUUCACAGAGGAAUCUGGAUUUGGACAGUGCUGAGCUCUCCGGAAAUCUUGGCCAGCCUUCCAAUAUUCCGGAUAUCUCAAACGGCGACAAUUCCGGAAAUGGCGACGCAGUGCCAACCUAUCCGGAAACACCAACAACCUCUGUUCUUCAACCAGAAGCUGAACUUCUAGUUGAUGUUCCUGAUUCUCUUCCCAGUGAGAAUGACAUCAUUUGUGGAGAUGUUCUUGAGAGAUGCCAUGUCCUUGCAGAAUUCCAAGGAGUAACCUUUAUCACAAAACUGACUUAUGCUAAGAAGGUUAUAGUUGAGACGUUCUACAUAAGAUACAGCUUGGAUGGUUAGUCCCUUGUACACCAGAUUUCCUAGCCCUUUAGUAAGGCCGAAAUCAUUGCUUCCUCCAAAAGUAACUCUUGGACCAUCAUAGGGAAUUAGAUUGCUCAAAAGGCUCGCAUCACCCGUCAUGUGUCUUGAACAGCCACUGUCUAAGUACCAGACACCUGGGUACUUAGCAGCUUCCUGCAUUAGGAGGAGGAAGAUUUUGGUACCCAAUUAAGUUUGGGUCCAGAG